AUGAGCUUCGCCGUCGCGAACCGGGAUCUGGUCGACGCCCUGUUCGAACAGGUCAGCGACACUCAAUUCAAGUGCAAGCUUUGCAACUCAAUCCGCACUCAAGCUCCUCGCAGAGGUUACACCAAUCUGGUCGACCACCUCGCUCGGUCUCACGCUCGUGUCGCUGUAGAGAGCGCCUUUGACGAAGUUCAACGCGCUGGUGUGCUCUCCUCAGCCUUCGUCGACGUCAGUCCGGUCGCGAUGAACACGUUCUGCUGGGUCGAGUGGACUGUCAUGGAGAACCGGGACCUGUCCUUCUGUGAGCACAAGUACGUGCGCAAGAACAGCAAGCUCAACAAGCUCUCCAAGCCUACAAUGAUCUUGUGCAUGGAGGGCUAUGAAGAGCUGGUUCGAGACAACAUCGUCGAAAAGUUUCGCGGGAAGCGCGUGGGCUUUGCGUUCGACGCAUGGACGUGUAACGGGUAUCACUUCGUCGCGAUCAUAGCGGUCGUCGAGAAGGCUGGCCUGGGCGGCAAGUCCCGUGAGCAGUUUUUACUGCUCUUUGAGCCCAUCGACCCCAAGCACUAUGAUGCCAAGAAGAAGCUAUUUCACGCAGACGCGAUAAUCGAGUUUUUUUAUGUGGCCCUCGACCGCUACCGUAUUGACGCGAACCAGCUCUGCUUUCUCGUCGGGGACAACGCCAGUGUGAAUGGAAGCAUUGGCCGCAAGAUUGACCUCCCACUGGUUGGCUGUGCUAGCCACAGGCUAAAUCUCGCGGUGGAGCAGCACCUUGCUCUCUAUGACGCAGAGGUCACGAAAGUGGAGAAGCUAAUGCGGUACCUACGUACGUCGAAGGUGCGCUCCGUUUUGCACAAGCUGAAUGGCCCAACCCCCCUGCUAAACAACACGACUCGCUGGUCCAGUACCUAUCUCAUGCUGAAGAGAUACAAGAGCAUCGCGAAAUUCAUCGACUCGUCAAGCCCCGAGUUAGCGCCGUUGCUUCCCACGCCGGAGGAGCAUUCCGUGUGCCUCAAACUCCAAAAUGCGGAUGGGGUGACGUUGCGUGACGUCCGAGUGCUUUUCGACAAACUGCUGGACGAGUUCGAGAGUGCCGGCUCAUGCACCAAGGACCUCGCAAUAGGCGCCAAGGUCGUUGCAGUCCCUGACUUUGAAAACGGAAUUGUAAAAGUGCAAGAUGGCCGCUCCAAAGAGCUUACCAAGGCGAAGACGAGGGCGCUGGCGCGCUUUGCCCGAACGGAGACAGACGUGGGUGAAGACGAAGCCGGAGGUGCCCUCGGGUUCGCUGAAGCUGCGCUUCACGAACGACGUGUAAGUGCCGAGCCCCAGUAUGGGGACUUGGCGUGGAUUCCACCGACGUCCGAUGACGUCGAGAGACUUUUCUCGCAGGCGGGGAUGGUGUACAGUGACCAGCGGAUGUCGAUGCUACCGGACACGUUGGAGCUUAUCCUUUUUCUGCGCUUCAACCGCUCUCUCUGGAACGAAGUCUCCGUCGCUCAAGUGCUUCGCCGCCAGGAGCAGUCGCGCAAGCGCAAGUGCCAGCUAACACUUUUUGAAGACGGUCAGGCAUUAUUGUUAGUUGCUUAG